AUGUCCAAAUGUCAUUCCACUGGUGAUUGGAUGCGCUAUGAGGCCAACAUGCCUACACCAAAAUCUAUUACACACGAAAGUCUGGAGGCUGGACGGAAAAUGGCAUCAAACUUACGCAUAAUCGCUCGUAAGCAACUCAACUUUCAAUCGUAUCCGAUGAAUGACUUCCGAUUUGAUCUGCUGCAAUUCGAUAAACGUAAAGAGUUUCAAAAUAUUUCCACAUACAAUCGCGAUUACAUUGCGCCACAUCCACCGAAAUGUAGUCCGAAAAAUGUACAUGACGUAGAGUCACCAGAUCCACUUUUUAAUCGAAAGGCUGUUAAUGACUUCGAAAUGGUGCCAUGGUCGGACACUAAGUUUAUGGACGACAAAUUUUUCAAUGUUUCCGAGCAGCGAAAAAGAAUCAAUUUCUUUAGGCAAUUACGAAAUCGUAGUUUUCAAUUUGAAUAAAACGAGUAGAAGGAAGGAAAUGCGAGACCGGAACAUGUACAUGUGUACAUA